AUGGAACCUGAAGUUUCUUUCAUUAUAAACCCAGAACGAGAAACACUAGAUGAUAUUGGAGUCGGUCGAAACGAGCUUGUUUUAAAAUGCACAGAUGGGCUAUAUAAAGGACGAUUUUUUUAUGUAAAUACUUCAGUAAUUUUUAUUCAGUCAAGAGGCGAAAUCAUUGGUUCAGGCAAACCAGAGCAGCAUGAUGUCACAACUUAUAUAGAAAAUGCCAAUUUAUCAUUAAGACACGCUAAAAUCCAGUUUUUAAAAGAAUCUUCUCUAUAUUUACUUUCUGACUUGCACUCAGAUACCGGCACCUGAAUUAAAGUGCGAGAAACCUUGCUACCCGGAGAGCCAAUAAGCAUAGACUCCCUCUAUAAAAUUGGAAAUAUAAUUUUCAGCAUCCGUGAAGGCGAAGAAGUUUCUUUACAAAGCUGCAUUAUUUCUCUAUUAAAGCUAGAAAACACAACUAUUCCUCCAUACAACUCAAUAGAAGAGCUAUUUGAGAUAAAUAUAGAGUCGCUUCAAAUUUCUCCAGAACAAAAAAUCCAGUUAACCACUAGUUUAUAUGAAGCUAAAAAACUUCCCCGAUUUUUAAAAUCCUUGGUUUUUCAUUGUGAUAGUUUUGAAUUUCAAGCCCAUUAUUUAGAUGUGACUAUAGGUAGCGAUAAAAAUUGUGAUGUUGUUAUACCAAAUUUAGCCCCGCUACAAGCUAGAAUUUCAUAUAGAAAACCAUGGCAUUUUUUGAUAAAUGAAAAUGAAGGGACUCAUGAAGUAUACAGAAAACUAGAAGAUGACGAAGAACUGCCAUUAUUUUCAGGGUAUUUUAUAAAAAUUGGGUCAUUAGAAUUUGAAGCUUCAAGAUUUAAUGUAGGACGAUGAUCGGCACAAGGAAAUCGGCCACAAAUGGAAGAUACAGACGUGAUUUGCCAUAAUUUGUUUAUAUUUGAAGAGUUGCCAUUAGCGUAUUAUGCAGUUUAUGAUGGGCAUGGCGGACAUUUAUGCUCAGAAUUUUUAAAGGAGCAUCUUCAUUAUGAAAUAAGGCAGAGACUAAUAGAUAGACAUGAAAGGACUAGAGAUGUGAUGAAUACGCUUACUCCCUCAGCAAAAAAUAUUGGAAAAUCAUAUUUUUUAACAGUGAGCUAAACUUUUUUAUAUGAAAUUUGAUAAAUUUUAUACUCUAAAUAAAUUUUUAUUCUUAAUUAGGAUUUUUCAAAUUCACUCAAAAUAAGUGCACCUCGAUAGGCAAGGAAAAAUUUUGCUCCCACUGAGAGUUAGAGAUACCAUAAUUGAGUCAUUUUCUAUUGUAGAUCAAAAAUUUUAUGAAAAAUACCCCGAAACUUCUCAUAGUGUUGGCUCUGCAUGCGUAGCUUGCGUCAUCAUGGGUGAUCGUAUAAUUACUAUAAACUUACUCCCCCCCCUCCGUGAGUGAACAAAAAAAUUUUGUUCGCUCACUUAAUUUGUUUUUUUUAAAAAAUUUUAUAUAUAAAUUUUAUUAAAAUUUUUUUUUCUCGAAAUUUAAAAAAAAUCCUAAUUCGAAAAAAUUUGAAAGCAAAUAUUAAAUUAAUUUAUAAAAUUUUUUUUAAAAAAGCAAUUCGUUUAAAAUUAAACAGAAUCAGCUCUAGAUUUCACUUAUAUAUCAAAUUUUUUUUCCAUAAAAAAUUUUUCUAUUAAAAAAAUUUUUGUUUCACUCACGGAGGGUGGGUUUUUUGGGGCAAAAAAUAGCGAUUUUCUAAUGGUUUUGCUCACUCACGGAGGGGGGGGAGUUAGGAGAUUCCAGAGCUGUUUUGUGUAGAAAUGGUAGAGCAAUUAAUCUAUCAAAUGACCACAAGCCUGAUAACCCAAUAGAGCACGAAAGAAUUAAAAAAUUUGGAGGAAAAGUAACACUUGGCCGCCUUCAAUCUCGGCUAGCAGUUUCUCGAGCUUUUGGCGAUUUUGAAUAUAAAUUAAUUACUACAGAUGGCGACCCAGAUCAAUUGCACGGCCCACUUGUUUCGAUUGAGCCUGAUAUUUCUCAAAUCUUUAUUAAUCCUCAAGAAGACGAAUUUUUAUUAAUUGCUUGUGACGGGCUAUUUGAUGCUUAUACAAGCCAAGUAGCUGUUAAUAUAAUAAGAGAAAAACUGAUUGAGAUGCCAGUGACUGAGCAAGAUCCUAACAGAGUUGUAAGAGAGCUUGUAAAUGAAGCAAUUUUCCAAAACCGAACAAAUGAUAAUGUGACAGCAAUUUUGGUGAAUCUUAACUGUGGUAUACUCUAUACAAAAUUUUUAGCAUUUCAGACUAUUUUGUUUUAAAAAAAUAAAUAUUUUCUUGGCUUUAGCAUGCUAAAACUAUUUUAAUAUGGCUUCACAUUUAGCAAUAUGCCUCAGAUAUCAUAUAAGCUCAAGAUAA